AUGCUGUCGUUCCAGCAGAUUUGGUUUUUCUUAGUAUUGGUGUGGGGUUGUUGUACUGUUGAGUCCUGGGCGCAAUCUACCUCGAAGGCAUCGUAUAGACGUUAUCCGCAUACAGAUCGGUUAGAUCGUAAUAAGUUACACCUAGCAAAAUAUGAAGAAUUGAGUCAGGAACGAGCUGCAAAGGAAACGUCACUGUAUCGUCUGUCAAAUGACACCAUUCCAGAAAGUUACGAGCUCGAACUAACCACAAACAUACACACACAGGAACUAAGUUAUAGUGGAUCGGUUACACUAAGGAUCCGAGUGCAGCAAGUGACACGAUCGAUUGUGCUUCAUUCGCUUAGGAACACGCUAACGCAAGUAAGCGUCAGAAAUUCCAAUCAGCUGAGUAUUCCGAUUGCUUCCAUCGAGGAAAACCUGCAGUAUGAAACACUUACAAUCUGGAUGGAAAGCGAGUUGCAGCAAGGUGUCUAUCAAUUGUCGAUAUUGUUUGAUAAUGUGUUGCAAGAAGGUGUCAAUGGUUUUCAUUGGAUGUCCUACCAGACGGAUGAAGGAUCGCGAUAUGCUGCUGUGUCGCAAUUUCAGCCGGUAGAUGCACGUACAGCUUUUCCGUGCUACGACGAGCCAAGAUUUAGGGCUACUUUUACUAUUAUCAUAAACAGUGGGAUCGGAACUAAAGUUUACUCAAACAUGCCCAUUGCAUCAACUACCAUCAUGAGCAAUGAUUUGAAGCGAACUCGCUUCCAACAAACGCCAAGCAUGCCGACAUACCUGGUAGCAUUUGUGAUCCUUACUGACUUCGCUAGCAAACGGAUUUCAUUAAGAGCGCCACCGUCCAACAUUAACAUGGAAUUCAUUACUAUCUCGAAUGUUUCGGAAAGUGCACAAAGUUAUGGCUUACAACUCGGUGCCGACGUUAUACGAGCCGUAGAGCAGCACUUUAAUCAAACGUACCAGCUACCCAAGUUGGAUCAGCUCGCAGUUCCGCGGGCCUACUUCAGUGCGAUGGAAAACUGGGGCUUAGUCAUCUAUGCCGAGCCGUAUCUGAUCUAUGACGAGGCAACGAACACGAAUAGAGAUAAAGAAAAUGUUAUCGCAACCAUCGUGCACGAGUUUGUGCAUCAGUUCCUUGGAAAUACGCUAACGCCCCAUUGGUGGUCGGAUUUGUCGUUAAGCGAAGGAUUCGCUACAUUCUACGAGUACUACAUAGGCAGUGUGAUCGCGCCAGAAAUUCGAUUUCAGGAAAGCUUUACGGUUGAAGCACUUCAAGCAGCGCUCUUGGUAGACUGCGAUAUUAACACAAGACCCAUUUCAUACGAUGUGGAAAACCGCGCUAAUAUCGAGCAGAUGUUUGAUAUCAUAACGUAUCAGAAGGGUGGUAGUGUAUUGCGAAUGUUUCAUUACGCCCUUGGCGAGCAAACGUUUCUGAAAGGAGUGCGGUACUACAUAAAUAACAAUAAAGGCAGAUCUGUCACACCGGAUGAUCUCUUCAUGAGCCUACAGAACGCGGCGAGGGAAGAUGCAGUUUUGCCACUCAGUCUUGACGUAGCGACAGUAAUGAAGCCUUGGAUCUAUCAGUCUGGCUACCCGUUGGUUACGGUGAAGCUCGUAGACGAGGAACUAACCUUCAUGCAAGAACAUUUUCUAUAUCCAGUCACGCAAAACGCUUCCAACAAGACCUGGUGGAUUCCGGUGACAUAUCAGGUCCAUUCCGAGGGUCUAACCGAAUCAAAUCAGUUUUGGUUACCACAGGGCACAUCGCAGGCGUCUAUCGUGCAGAAUUCCCUAUCAGACGAUGGUUUCGUAUUAGUUAACCCACAUCAAACCGGGUACUAUCGAGUCAAUUAUGAUGCCACGCUUUGGCAACGAAUAAUUGCGCAGUUAUCGACCGAGCCAACGAUUAUUCCGGCCGCUUCUCGUGGGCAGUUGAUCGACGAUUGCUUUAAAAUGUAUCUGAGCGAUCGGAUUGACUCCGGUAUUCUGAUCAACCUGCUGCAGUAUGCCAACAUGGAGACAGAUUUCAUCCCGUGGAGUGUUACGUUAGCCAAUGAUAAUUUGGGUUUAUUACGAGCCGUUUUUGUGGCAGACCCUUCAGCAUUUGAUUCAUUUUCGCGUUUUGUGGCAUCGCAAAUUAUGAGUGUAUUCAACAAGUUGGGUUUUGAGUCAUCUCCCUCUGAUGCUCACGAAGACCAACGGUUCCGCAGCAGCAUCAUUGAUUGGAGUUGUCGAAUGGGAGUGAGCACCUGUCGCUCGGAAGCAUUGACAAGGAUGUUAAAUGACUUAACUGGCACGGCGCCACUACCGCCCUACUUGAAGGAGAGCGUUUACUGUGCUGGAGCCAUCACGGCUUCUUCUGAACAGUUGCAGUCUCUUUCACUUCGGUUGGUAACAAUCAGUGAUCCCUCCGAACGGAUAGCAAUUAUAGAAACACUAGCCUGUUCAGAAGAUGCCGAAUUUUUGGACACCUUUUUGAUUUCCCUUAUCGGCAACCAAAGUGUUUACUUACCAGGAGAGUGGCGAAUUGGUCUACCAGCGGUUUAUCAGAAAUCUGCGAUAGGAUACAAAGCAUUCGGUGAUUGGUUGGGGCGUAACACGCAGCAAAUUUUACAAAGCAUUGGCACCGAUCCAGCUUUUCUCAAUAUUCUGGCUAAUUACAAUAACAAAUUGGCUGAUCUUGAUCAAUAUUUUGAACUAAUACAACUUUUUCAGCAGUUCCAAUGA